UAUCUUCGAUCGAAACUGAAAAAAAAAGUAAUCUACAGAGAUAAGGAUACGAAUGGUAGGAUAAUUGCAAUUUGUCGAUGUCGAGAUAUCCCGUCGCGACAGGCCUGUCAUCGAGAAAAGAAUGUCUGGAACCAUGGGAUCGCUACUCCCGCUGACUUUGAGGCUGAAACGAAUGAUACAAAUACCAGGAGCUCGGCCAUAAGCUUGACCAUGCUUGCCUUUCAGCUGAUGCAACUACUCCUCCGAAUCCGAAGUUUUGACUGUUGCCUGAUUGUGUUUGUCCGGAUGUUCUCUAUUCUCUAACAUUUGUCGAGCGGUUCCCGGGCUGUCACUAUCCCACACUAUCAGCAUGGACUCAGAAUCUGAGGCUGAGAAGGCGCCUACUGUAGGCGAGAAGGUCCACAAAGAGCCUUCACAGCCGUACGAUACGAUUUACAAUGUUCGUCCUUGGAACAAUUGUCUGAAUCAGUCUGAGAAGAGAUCGAGCACGGUCGAGGAGCAUGACGAUGACCCCGGCCUGCGCAAGCCAGGCGACUAUAAGCAGAAGCAGGUGUUCAAAGGCAAGAUGCUUCUGUGGCUCGCAUAUCAGUCCAUCGGUGUGAUUUAUGGUGAUAUCGGGACCAGUCCGCUUUAUGUCUAUUCAUCGACAUUCAGCGCGCCACCUUCGCGAGAAGAUCUCAUCGGCGUCCUCUCCAUCAUCAUAUGGUCCUUAAUUUUGAUGGUGACUGUCAAAUACAUCUUCAUUGUGCUCCAUGCUGAUAAUGACGGCGAGGGUGGUACAUUCAGCACGUAUUCUCUACUCAGUCGCUAUAUGAAUAUAACCCAUCGCGAUCCUCGAGAAGCCUCGCUUGUCCAGAUGAAAAGACACCUGUCGAACGAUCUUGAAAGAGCCAGCAGAUACGCCAGACAUAGCCUCGAGACAAGCAAGUUUGCAAGGCAUCUUCUGAAAGUGGUAGGCGUAUUGGCGGUUACAAUGGUCCUGGCCGAUGGCCUUCUCACUCCAGCUCAGUCCGUCCUAGGAGCCGUGCAGGGUAUUGAGAUCGUCUCCCCCAACAUUUCCAAAGGCACCGUCAUUGGCGUGACUGAUGCUAUCUUGGUCGUGUUGUUUCUGAUACAACCGCUUGGCAUCACCAAGAUGACGUUUGCAUUUGCGCCAAUCGUGAUUAUCUGGCUGGGUUUUAAUGCUGUGUUUGGCAUCUACAAUCUCGCGCAUUAUGAUGCCGGUGUCUUCAUUGCCUUCAACCCGGGUUACGCCUUCACAUUCCUUGUUCGACAUGGCGAGUCUGGAUGGCGCAUGCUGAGCGGAACCUUGCUCGCCUUCACUGGGGUUGAGGCUCUCUUCGCCGACUUGGGCGCUUUCAGUCGGAAAGCAAUUCAGAUCAGCUGGCUGUGCUACACCUUCCCAUGUCUCCUGUUAGCGUACAUAGGGCAGGCGGCAUACAUCAGUGUGCACCCGGAAGCCUACUCUAACCCGUUCUAUAAAGCAGCGCCGCCGGGUACUAUUUAUCCGGCCUUGAUUAUUGCCAUUCUCGCGGCGAUCGUUGCAUCGCAGGCCAUUAUCACUGCAACUUUCCAGCUUCUGGCACAAGUGAUGAAGCUAUCCUACUUACCCCAGAUCAAAGUGGUACACACGUCCGAUGUGUUCCACGGCCAGCUCUAUAUUCCGAUUGUCAACUGGCUCUUGAUGGUUGGGACGAUCCUGGUAGCGUCGAUCUACAAUAACACCACAUCCCUUGGAAAUGCAUACGGUGUCUGUGUCAUCUUUGUCACGUUCUUUGACACCUGUAUGGUCUCGAUGGUAGCAAUAUUCGUGUGGCGCAUCAGCCCAUUCAUUGUCUUUAUACCUUGGCUUGUGAUCGCUUGUUUUGAUGGGGCAUAUCUUUCAUCAGCACUCACGAAGGUUCCUACAGGUGCAUGGUUCACUCUAGCGCUAGCGACCAUUCUAGCACUCGUGUUCCUAUUAUGGAGAUUUGGGAAAGAGCAGCAGUGGUUUGCCGAGGCCGAGGAUCGGUUCCCUACCUCACAUUUCGUGACCAAAGAUCCAGAUGGUAGGAUGCGUCUCACCGACCGCUUCAACGGAGUCCCUUUGAGCACCAACCCCGGGGUCGGGAUCUUCUUCGACAAGGCGGGCGAGACCACCCCUAUCGUGUUCAGUCAAUUCGUCCUCAAGCUCACCUCUAUGCCGGAAGUAAUCGUGUUCUUCCACUUGCGACCCCUCGAGACGCCAUCAGUCCCCGUGGAAGACAGGUAUACCGUUUCGCGGCUCGCCAUCCCCAACUGCUAUCGGCUUGUGGUCCGUUACGGCUACAAUGAUGAGAUCAUGACUCCGAAUCUAGCCAGUACCAUCACGGAUCAGGUCCGCAGAUACCUUAUCGACAAUGGGCACGGCAUGGAGCUGGAUGGAGUCGCAAUGAGUGGACAUCGAUCUCCGAGCACAGAAAGUCAGGGAGAAAGUGGAUCGGAGGCAGCACAGUCCAGCAGCCUGGUACGAUAUAGUGACCCGCUGAACAAGCUCGAGCGCGCGUGUGUGCAUAGCAUCCUCUAUAUCACCGGCAAGGAGCAGAUGAGGAUCAAGAAAGGCACCAAUAUGUUCCGCGGUCUGGUGCUCUGGAUCUUCUUGUGGAUCAGAGAUAACACCAGGGCCAAGAUUGCAUCUUUGGGUCUCGAGGCAGAACGGGUGAUUGAAGUUGGGUUUCUGAAGGAUAUCUGAGGCUGUGCAUAGUGGUUGAUCACCAAUAGGAAGUGACCCAAGGUAAUGGGGAAUACUAUCACGACAGACUGUACAGAGAUCACGAAUCAACGAAUCAUAG